UGGGAUUGGUAGAGCGGUCACCUUACCGGUCGGCCGUCUCUCCUUCAGUCAGUCGCUGACCGAGCUCGAGAGUGCUUCACGAAGACUUUCCUCAAGUUCCAAAGACGUACACGCGCCGGCCAUGAUACGCGUGCUCGCCAAUGUAUGGUUUAUGACAAAGUGAUGUGGUGUUCGGUGAUUCCUGUUCCAGUGCUCCGAGGCUGAUGACAUCGCCGAAAGGGCCACGGAAAGAUGCUGAGCCCACUACGCCACUUUAGGCGACUUCUACUUCGGCCUGUGAUCUGCUGUUUUUCUUUUAUUUUAUUGUUAAUUAAUGUCGUGGACGGAGCCGGCGACAUUUGGCCCUUGGACCGCCCCGACGGCAUGCCCUCCAUCCAGUCCCUCGAGGUCAUGUGCGGGAAGGACCACAUGGACGUCCACCUCACGUUCUCCCAGCCCUUCGAAGGCAUCGUCUCGUCCAAAGGGCAACACGGAGACCCCCGAUGCGUCUACGUGCCACCGUCGACCGGGCAGACUUUCUUCUCUUUUCGCAUCGCGUACGCCAGAUGCGGAACGAAACCAGAUUUACACGGACAGUUUUACGAAAACACCGUAGUAGUGCAAUACGAUAAAGACUUACUGGAAGUGUGGGACGAAGCGAAAAGGUUACGUUGUGAAUGGUUCAACGAUUACGAGAAGACAGCGUCCAAGCCGCCUAUGGUUAUCGCCGAUCUCGACGUGGUGCAGCUGGAUUUCAGAGGUGACAACGUGGAUUGCUGGAUGGAAAUUCAACACGGGAAAGGACCCUGGGCGCCGCCGGUCAGCGGAAUUGUGCCGCUGGGGUCUACGCUGACUUUGGUCGUCGCGAUCAACGACUACAGAGGCGAGUUCGACAUGCGCGUCAAGUCCUGCGUGGCGUCAGACGGCGGCGGCCACGUUAUCCAGCUGUCCGACGAGUUCGGCUGCGUCCUCCGCCCUAAAAUGAUCAGCCGUUUCCUGAAGGCCCGAGGCGCCGACGAGCGGGCUUCCGUCAUCACCUAUGCCUUCUUCCAUGCGUUCAAGUUUCCGGACGCUUUGAGUGUUCACAUUAAAUGCAAGGUGGAGAUUUGCAGACACGGUUGCUUGGACCACUGCCAGAUCCAGCCCGACAAGGGCGACGUGGAUUCCGAGGCCUAUUUGGGUCCGCUCGAACGGGGCGACGACAGGGUUCCGGAUCCGCCCGUGCAGGACCGGCUGUACGAAGACAUUAUCGGCGAAGAAGGCGCCGACGGCGUCUCAGCGGUGAAGAUGUCGCUGAACGCGCAACCGGUGUCGAACAAGCCGGACGGACUUCUUGACGAUUAUAAAGAACUGGAUAUAACGGCAGUGCCGCAUAAGGACCUCUUCCUGGUGCACGAGCCCUUCCCCCACGGCCCGCGGACCUUCGAGCACGCGCCCGUGGCCGCCCCCCGCGCCUUCGACUCCACCACCACGCCGCCGCCGCUCGACCGGCAGAAACGCCGCCGCCGGUCUAUCACCGUGUCCGACCGGAAGGCGCGCAGCGCCGACGUGGGUGUCAGCGGGCUGUACGAGGUCAUCUCCGAGGCGGACUUGGCCUUCAGCCCCGACAAUCGCGCCGAGGCGGUGACCGUGUUCCAGGGGCGCAUCCGCGAGGAGGUGGUGUACGGCAUCUGCAUGCCCGUGCCGGGCUUCAGCGUCCUGUUCGUGCUGGUGGCGGUGUCCGCCGUGGUGUCGGCCCUGGUGGCCGGCUCGCUGCUCUACCGGUACCAGCUGCAGAAGGAGCAGCUGGAGCAGGCCCGCAACGGGCCCAUACCCAUGGGGCUCUUCUCGGUGGGGUGGCGGCUGCUGCGGAAGACGGCGCCGAACGUGCAGAUCAACGGCACGGAGAAGAGAGCCAGGAGCCAGGUCAAUGGUAAGACUGACGAGACGACACGGGGGUGAACAAGGACGCUGUGAAGUGACGUGGACGACGAGCAAUCAUAUUGUUUGUUUAGAUGAUAGAGGGCAAAUGCAAUAUGAUGUGUAUAAAACGGUAGUUAGGUUUAGGUAAGGGCUGACUGUUUCAGAUGUAAGGAUGUGCGGGAACGUGACAUAACCUUAGAAGAUGGUACUUACUUACGCUUACUUGAAUCUAGAGUUAGUUAUUGUCUUACUGACAAGUCGUACUGUUUUUACCAGUGUGCAACCAUUCGAGAGGACACUCAUUUUUGCUGACUUCGACACCUCUUACACGAAUUGCGAAGUUAGGCAACCACGAAAAUUAUGCCCGGCGAUAUAUUUAAAGUGCGCUAACUAGAGUAUCUUAAGUUUAUGCAAGUUUUUCGGCGUAGGUGUCGUUUCUUAAUUUUUUUUUUUUUAGUACGAUGAGUACUGUUAAAUUCACUUUUCGUGUGUUUGUAUAUACAAAAUUGUUUCUUUGUGCUUAAGGAUUUUGUCAUUGUAGAUUUAAAUUAUCGUUGUUUUGCUUGUUAGUUAUUCAAAGUUCAAGACUACAGCGUCUCUAAACUAAUAAAUUAAUUUAUUUUUAGUUCUGUACGAGUAAAAUUAAAGUCAGAUAUAUAUAUUUAAGUAGGUAAUAAAUAAACUUAUUUGUACAGUAUUAACCUGCUGAGUAUUUUAAUUGUAAACUAUUGUCAAGAUAAUGUGUAUUUAGAGUUAAAUCUAGAAACUCCUAAGUAGUCUAUUGUACAUAAUAAAUGAUAGAACCAGAAUUACUGCCAGGUCGGUAUUGUUUUUAUUAUUCUCUGCUAUAUUAAUUGUGGUGUUUUAUGAAAUCAGUAAUUCUGCGUAAUUACUUUAGACUUUAGUUAAAUUAUUGCUCAUUUAAUAUUUAGAAUCCCCUCGAGUCCUUCGUUCGAGAGAUAUUUAUUUUGUUUUGUUUCUGACUAUUUAUUUUGAGUAGUAACUGUAUUUUCAUUAACCUGACGUUUGCUCAUUUUGCAUUGUUUCUAAUAAAGCGUUAUUGUUACUUUAAGAUAUUUAAGAGGCUAUGUUCUGUAAAUA